ACAGGGGCUGAGUGGCAGGCCUGUGAGAUGAGAGGAGCUGUAAACACAGGAAGCAGAGGAAAGGAGAGGAGACCCGGGUGAGUGGCAGGAAGGCAGACGGACAGCAGCAGCAGUGGUCUGCAGCACAAGCCCAGGAGCUGGAUGCUAGCUCAGCCCUGAUUACAAACGGAGCAGAAAGGAUUGACAGCCCACUAAGCACCUGGCUGUCUCAAUCACCAGUUGUGGUGAAGUUGACACAGCUGGGCAAGUUGCUAUAGAAGUGCUAGCUACACACGGUCUAUUUUGAUCCUUCUGUCAGAUGAUGAUGUCACCUAUCACAAGUGGCAAUGCUGGGGAAACAGGUUGGCUGAAGUUGGCUGAAGUGGCCUGCAAAAGUAUGUCAGGGGUGGAUAAGGACGAGGAACCUGCUUACAGACUCUACUUCUAUUCUGCAUCCUUUCAGCGCUCAAACAGCCAUGACAAGGUGCGGAAGAUUGUUGCAGAGGAGGGCCGUGCUGCUAGAAAUCUCAUUGCCUGGAGUGUUCCUCUAGAGAACAAAGAGGAGGAAGGGAAGUCCAAAACUCAUACCAACACCCAUUUGAGGAACCAGCGGAUCAACUCUGGUCUGCACAGGAAUAAGAAACAGAAUGCAGGCCUGGACAGCAAGAGUACAGCCGGCGCCUUGCUUGAAAAGGGAGCGGAGAAGAGCCCCUCCAAAGCCAGGCAGCCGCGCAAGGUGGACCUGCGAGCACGAUACUGGGCCUUCCUCUUCGACAAUCUGCGGCGGGCCGUGGACGAGAUCUAUGUCACCUGUGAAUCUGACCAGAGUGUGGUGGAGUGCAAGGAGGUGCUGAUGAUGUUGGACAACUAUGUGCGGGACUUUAAAGCUCUCAUCGACUGGAUCCAGCUGCAGGAGAAGUUAGAGAAAACAGAUGCCCAGAACAGACCCACGUCUUUGGCUUGGGAAGUGCGUAAAAUGUCCCCAGGUCGUCAUGUGUUGCCUAGCCCCUCAUCGGACAGAAUGGUCCCUUCUCCUAGUGCUCGCCGUGCCCUCAACUUUGGUGGUCCUCCACCCACACUGGCGGUAGCUCGUCUGUCCCACACGGGCCCCAGCUGGGCUGAGCGUGUCAAGUCCUCCCAGUCUCUCCCUGUCCCCAGCCAGCCCAACACCUGUCCUGUAGAGAAACCAGGUAAGAAGGACUCUGAGGGCUGGGAGACAGUCCAGCGUGGACGUCCUGCUAGGCCUCGCUCUGCCAUCAUCGUAGCCAAGGUCAGCCCGGUCCUGGCCCACAUCAGCCCUAACGACGACAGUAACAAGGAGAACCAACAGCUCCUUGGCAGGUCCUGCCCCCUGGAUAAAGACACGGGUCACUGUGAACAGACAAUCCCUGAGGAGCCUGUCCCACUUGAGGAGACUGCAGAAGACUUGGAGAAGGGUAACAUGGAGCCCCAGUCCAUGGCAGAGGUCCUGGCUAAGAAGGAGGAGCUGGCUGACCGCCUGGAGAAGGCCAAUGAGGAGGCUAUUGCCAGCGCCAUCGCUGAAGAGGAACAGCUGACCAGAGAGAUCCAGGCUGAGAACAAUGACCUGGAGACUGACAACGAGUGUGACUUCUCUGCCAGCAUUGGCAGUGGAGGUGGACUCAACAUGGACUGGAGUGACAUGUUAGCCGAUUAUGACGACUCACCUCUCUCUGCAGCGAGGGAGCCCUGGCGUCAGAGCACCUCCUGGGGGGACAUCGUGGAGGAGGAGCCUUCUAGACCCCCUGGCCAUGGAAUCCACAUGCACGAGAAACUGUCCUCACCAUCUCGUAAAAGAACCAUUGCGGAGUCUAAGAAGAAACAUGAGGAGAAACAGCUGAAGGCCCAGCAGCUCCGAGAGAAACUGCGGGAUGAGAAGACCCACAAGCUGCAGAAGCUCCUGGAGAGGGAGAAGGAGGUCAGGAAAUGGAAGGAGGAGUUGUUGGACCAGCGGCGGAGGAUGAUGGAGGAGAAGUUACUCCACGCAGAAUUCAAGCGGGAGCUGCAGCUCCAGGCCAUAGUAAAGAAGGCUCAGGAGGAGGAGGCCAAGGUGAAUGAGAUAGCAUUCAUCAACACUCUGGAGGCACAGAACAAGAGGCACGACGUGCUGGCUAAGCUGAACGAGUACGAGCAGCGCCUCAACGAGCUGCAGGAGGAGAGAGGCAGGAGACAGGAAGAGAAGCAGGCCAGAGAUGAGGCUGUACAGGAGCGUAAGCGUGCUCUGGAGGCAGAGAGACAGGCGCGUGUGGAGGAGCUGCUGAUGAGGAGGAAGGAGCAGGAUGCGCGCAUUGAGCAGCAGAAGCAGGAGAAGGAGAGGGCCAGGGAGGACGCUGCACGAGAGAGGGCCAGAGACAGAGAGGAGCGUCUGGCUGCCCUCAGCGCUGCUCAACAGGAGGCCAUGGAGGAACUGCAGAAGAAGAUUCAGAUGAAGCACGAUGAGAGCAGUCGCAGGCACAUGGAGCAGAUUGAGCAGAGGAAAGAGAAGGCAGCAGAACUCAGCAGUGGCAGACAUGCCAACACUGACUAUGCCCCUAAACUGACACCAUAUGAGCGCACGAAACAGUGCUCCUUGUGCAAUGUUGUGAUCACCACGGAGGUGCACUUGUACAGCCACACCAAGGGCAAGAGGCACCAGCAGGCUGUGAGAGACAGCAGUAGUAUCCAGGGACGGGAGCUCUCCGAUGAGGAAGUGGAGCAUCUUUCCUUAAAGAAGUACAUAGUUGACAUUGUGACGGACAGCACUGUCUCCUCUGAGAGUGUGAAGGACGGAGAGGAGAAGCAGAAGGCACGCAAGAAGGCAAAGAAGCUCCGCGGACGCAUGAACUCCAGGGCAAAGGAGUACGAGACAUCAAUGGAGGCAAAGACACAAGUCCCCGACUCCCCAUACAAGGCCAAGCUCCAGCGUCUGGUGAAGGACUUGGUGAAGCAGCUCCAGGGCCAGGACAGCGGGCAGUGGGCCAACACUAGGGUGUCAGGCCUGGACAGAACCCUGGGAGAGAUCUCCCGCAUCCUGGAGAAGCAGAACAAUGCAGAUCAAGUGGCGUUCCAGGUGGGCGGGGGACUCUCUGCUCUGGAACAGAUUCUGCUGGUCGUCACUGCAGCCUCCACCCCCACCGCAGUCCCACGCAUUCCAAUCAAGUCCCUAUGUGCUGCUGUAAACAUAUACUUUCUGGCAUGCUCUCGCUGCCACCUCAACUGCUCCUACGUUCUAUUCAGCAAUAAGGUAGCCUCCCUCAUGGACCUGCUGCUGCAUCAGCUCACACUGUUCGUCCCAGAUGAAGACAAGUCCAUCUUCGGUCGCAGUGUGAACAAGCAGGUGUUUGAGGGGCUGACCACCGGCCUGCUGCAGACCAGCGCUACCAUCCUGAGUCUCAUUCUUCCCUAUGUUCCCGAGUGUGGCCGUGGAGACGCCCCUCGCAUCCUAUCACCAGACACCAAGACCAAGACCUCCCCUAUGGAGCCAUUCAACACCCGGGCCCAUGACCUCAUCAGUUAUGUGGUGAACAUGGGUCUGAUUGACAAGCUGUACGGCUGCUUCCUGUCUGUCCAGGGCCCAGUGGACGAGAGCCCCAAGAUGUCUACCUUCCUCCAUCAGGCUACCGCUCUGCUGCACGCCAUGUGUAAGCUGUGCUUCGCUGUGACUGGCCGGUCUCCCAGUAUAUUUGACAACAAGCGUGCAGACCCCACAGGACUGACAGCCCUGCUGCAGUCCACAGACCUGGUGGGUGUGGUGCACACUCUGUACUGCAUCCUGCUCCACAGCUCCUCCCUGCCUGAGCCGGCUGCCCAGAGCCCACAGGAGCCCUACGCCCCCGGGGUCAUCCAGGUGGCCCUAACAGGCCUCCGCUUUCUCAACAGCUUCGCCCUGCUCGACCUGUCUGCCUUCCAAGCUGUUCUAGGUGCCGAGGGGCUGUCCCUUGCCUUCCGCCACAUAGUGAGCUCCCUGCUGUGGUACUGCUCUCAGCUCUCCUCUGAAGAGCUGCUGCAGGAAGUCAUCAUCUGUGUGGGCUACUUCACUGUCAACCACCCUGACAACCAGGUGAUAGUGCAGUCUGGCCGCCAGCCCAGUGUGCUGCAGAAACUGUGUCAGCUGCCCUUCCAAUACUUCAGCCACCCGCGCCUCAUCAAAGUGCUCUUCCCCUCACUCAUCUCAGCCUGCUACAACAACCCCCAGAACAAGGUCAUCCUGCAACAGGAGAUGAGCUGUGUGCUGCUGGCCACCUUCAUACAGGACUGUGCCUCAAGCGAGAACCAUCCAGACAACAGAACGCAACAAGCAGACAAAAUGUCUCAGCUGCUGGAUUACUGUGAGCUAUCCAACCGCUUUCCAAGAGACCAGUGGGACUCGGCACUGCAGUUCUUCCUCAAGAAGCAGGAGGACUAAUUCAGAGUUGCACGCCAUCCUCUAACAGGGAUAUAUACAUGUGAAAAACAAAAUAGAUACACUUCACCCUUCAUUCUACACUACAUACUUUUCCAUUUAGAUUUGAGGUCUGCACAUGGGUUUAUUCGUAAAUGCAGUUUCUUAGCUUUGCCAAAACUCUUGAAAUCCUAGAAUUCAAGGGCUGAAUCCUAACUUGAGAUGUUUGUGUCUAACUGAAAUGUUCAUGUAAGUCAUCCAUCCAUGUCCAUGGGAGAUUGCAGAAAAGUUUGAGUUGGACGUGUGCAUCUUGUGUAUUCUUCCCUGAGUCACGCACAAUAAUGAUGUUCCCUGUCCAAACCUAGUCAUGUUUUUGUGUUGUGUGUCUGUGGAUGACAACGUAGCAGAAAAGAGCAGAGAUGAUAAUCAAAAGCACUCAUGAUGAUUAGAUAACAUGUUCAUCAAUAAUACUGUACUUCCUGUUAAUUCCUUUAUUAUUUUCAUAUCCGGUUAAGAUGUGAAUGACCUGCCCAGAAUGGUUUUUCCCUACAGUUAUUUUACAGGUGUUGGACAGUUUUGUACUCCAAUAAGUUACAUAGCCUGUUUGUGUUUAUUCUGUACAUUUAGAUUUGCUCUAAGUGGGAGCUGUCCAGUUUUUCAAGUACAAAUAUUUUCCUUGUUCUUGCCUUUGUUGUGAAGCACUUACAAAAUAAUAUAAUUUAUUGAAUAAUUUACAUUUCUAUCCCAUUAAUAAAUUAUUUAUUAUUAGCAUU